ACAAUAACACCUAUAUAUGGGUCCUCGAUCCUCGGGUGAAUUCUUUGGGCACAGCUACACGUUCGAUCGUGAGGGGGCAUUGUUCUUGUGUAACAAGGGCACACUUUUUCAAUGCUUCAAAAAGUGGGGGCACUGUGCCCCCCCCACCCUGUUUCCCCCAGGAUCGCCGCCCCUGGUCUGUAUUAUCUGCAGAAUAGUUCUCUGCGUAUCAGGGUGUGGUGACUGAGACUAGCUGUAGCAAAGCCAAAGACGUUAUUAUAAUUAUAGUUACCGUAUGUCACAUGAUUGCAUUCAAGAUCAUGUGAUCUCUCUUGUUUUGUUCCUUGGUCGCAUGAGUCAAGAGUACGGUCGAGUCAUUCUGCAGUUCGCAUCCAUCGCAUCCAUAUACCGGUCGAGUAUAUAGCCUGAUCAAGGAGAAAGUCGAGAUAAUUACGUAUCAAAAUGUUAUUCAGAAAUUGUAUCUCUAUUUUAUUGAUAUUUGGAACACCUUUAUUAGUCCUUGGAUGCGGGUUCUCCCCAGAUCUAUGGUGCAGCUCACCAGAAAUUUCUGAAAAGUGUGGGGUAGAGAAGCAGUGUUCAUUGUGGCAUUCUAAACAGGCUCUUACUGAUGUUCCACUUGUGCAUUAUGAGCUUUAUUAUGAGUCUCUGUGUCCUGGUUGUAAACAGCUCAUCCUCACACAACUUUACCCAGCUUGGCUGAAAGUUCAGAGCAUUGUCAAUGUCACUUUGGUACCCUAUGGUAAUGCCCAGGAGCGCGAAUAUGGAAGUAAAUGGUACUUCACGUGCCAGCAUGGACCUGCAGAAUGUGUUGGGAACCUAGUUGAGACAUGUAUCUUGUCGAUCCUGCCCUUUGAUAAAGCAUUUCCAUUCAUCCACUGUCUCGAAAUGUACAACCCUUCAACUGAUGGAAAAUAUUGUGCAAGUAUGUUUAAUCUCUCAUCUGAAUGGCCAUCCAUUGAAGAAUGCAGCACUGGACCUAUGGGAAAUUACCUUGAGCAUAAUAUGGCUGUUAAGACAAAUGCAUUGAACCCACCUCAUCAGUAUGUACCAUGGGUUGUACUCAACGGAGUUCACAACGAAGAAAUUCAAAAUAAAGCAGCAUCAGAUUCACUUGCACUCAUCUGCAAUGCAUAUCAGGGUGUGAAACCAGCUGGAUGCACUAAAACAUGUUUUAAAAGAAGUCCAGUUAAAAGAAUUCUCUGAAAUUAGACUUUUCUUUCAUUUACACUUUUUCCUCCAACCUCUUACUUCAUAAUGAAGAAUUUUCAGAUGAUUUUUGAAGGUUUGCAUUGUGGUAUGAACAAUUGCUAGAGUCCUUUACGGUGCCCCAUGGUGUACUGUAAACCACUUCCGCAAAGAAUUUUCAAAUUUUGAUUCUCUAGUUAAAAAAAAAAUGAUAUUGCAGAGCUUGGGACUAUUUCACGAAGCAUCCUGUCAAUAAUUUGCAGUGACAAAUUUGCUCUCAGCUAAUCAAGAUCUAGGGGGAUUUUACUAGCUUGUAAUGGUUGUAAGUGAAUACCAAUACAAAGCUUGCUUCAUGAAACAUAUAAGGACUUCAAGUUAGCCUGAAAAAUGAUAUAUGAGAUGAUCUGAGUAUUAGACCAUCUGUUAGUAGACCAAGUGGCUUUAGCUAUAAAGCACAUCCCAGAAAAAGAAGAAAGCAAGAAUUAUUGAUACUUUAGCAUAACUUAAUCACAAAUGAAAUGACCUAUCACUGUAAAGCAUAGAAUCUCCUUGUUCAUCUGAUAUAUGUAGAUGAUUAUUCAUUCUCGCAUGAGUGAGCAAAAAUAAUAUGAAAGAAAGAUCCCAAAAUGGUACCUCAAUCAAAGAAAAUCACACAGGAAUAGCAAAUUUCUGUUCCUUUGAAAUAAUGCUUGCAUUUUCAUCAUUUCAUCAAAUAAAUUGUAUUUUCACUGUCUGCUUACUUAAGCUAUUGUAUCAUUAACAAAAGACUUUAUGGCUGAUCCUCAACAAACCAGAGUAAUGGGUUAGUGUGACAGAUAUCCUUCAAAUGUCCUCAUUUACUAAUAUUAUUGAAAUUCAUUCAUUAUUAAAGCAAACAACUUUUUUGGAGUCCAUAUUCUUUCAUAUUGUUUAUGCUCACACAUGCGUGAAUGAAUAAUCGUCUAAAUGAUAUCAGAUGGAAGAAGAGACCAUAACGGGUGAUUCCUAUCUCAUUUGUGAUUAAGUUCUGCUAAAGCAUCAAAACUUGGUUUCAUUUUUUCUGGGAUGCACUGUAUGAUGGUGUCAGACGAUAUAAGAGUUACAACAACUGCCAGUUGACCAAGUGGGUUAAGCUAUGAUAAAUAAAUGGUUUUUAAUGAGUAAAAAAUAUGAGUAGUUGAGAAAUGAAUAUCCCUAUGAAACCAAUUAUUUCAUUACAGCUGAAAAAAUGGGUGACUCACUGUGGAAAUUUUGAAGAACAUGUCUUUUGAUUAGUGUGUGAACAUUUUGUAAACCUAUUAAAUUUUGUCUUUUCUACUGUAAGAAUGGUGUAUUAAUGUAUGUAGUCCAAAUAAUGUUUUUUUUUACAGUUCUUGUUAGUAUUUGUAAUCUAUUAAAAAAAGUGAUCCAUUGAUAUUUGAAAUCAUAUCUGUCACUGCAUUACGGAAAUAAAAGUCUUAUCUUAGUUAUAAAAGCAAAUCUUGACUCUGUUGUGUGACUAAGCAUCUUUUAAGCAGUUAGUGACAUUAGCUCAGUGAAUAUCCUGCCUCUGUUUAAUGCAGUCACUGAGGUGAGUUGUAAACUUGGAAUAAUAGUGAAAAUCCUUGCAGCUAUGAUCAUGUGAUGAAUGAUGUAUUGAUCUAUCACUGAUUCAAAUCUACAUUAUCAUUCAGUCAAUAUAUAUGUAAAAGAAAAUAAUUGUUUACGACGUGUAAAAGCUUAUUCAUAUUUGUUUUUAAAGGGGUGCUCCAGGCUGAAAAUAAUAUGAUUUGAACAGAUAAGGAAAAAUCAAGCAACCAAACCACUGAAAAUUUGAUCAAAAUCGGACAAGGAAUAUCAAAGUUAUGGCAUUUAAAGAUUUGCAUUAUUCCAGUGAAACAGUUCUAGACAUGUCUUCAUGAAUAUUUAAUGAGCUAACUAAUGAUGACAUAUUUCCACUUGUUUUGUUUUUUAUUAUAUGAAAUUAGGUUUAUUAAACUUUUUUCAUCCAAGAACAAAAAAAAUGGAUUGACAACUGAUUCAGUGCAUUAGAUGUAAUUUAUGCAACUUACUUCAUUAUUAGGGAGAUAUGUCAUUCUCACGUUUUUGAAAAAAAUGAAACAAUUAUGGUUUCAUGUAAUAACAUAAGGAAAAAUCUCAUUACCGAUAUUCCUAUACCCUUCAGUUCUUUCCGGAUAGUAUUUGCAAUCCAAAGAUUUUGUCUAUAAUAACCCUUACUUAUAUUUCAUUUAUAGUUACAUACAAUUCCCUUAUUCCUUCUUUAACAUUGAUGUCAUGUUGCUAUUAUUUGUAAUAUGAUCUUAACCCUUUGAUAUUUUAUAGUUUAGACAUACAUUUAUAACUUAUUGUCAUUGUUUCACUCGUUUUCUAUAAUGCCAUAAUUAAUUCAUUGCUAUCAUUUCAGUGUUUUUUAUCAGUGAAUAAAUUAUACAAUUAGUAGUUUUAUAAUUAGUAACUGUUCCCUUUUGAAAGCUUAAAUAUUUCAGUUUGAUUCAUAUUAUAAUUUAAAAAUAUUUUUUUAUUUAUGUUACCAAGCUUUGUUAUCUUUAACUUAGAUUUUGACUUUAUUUUCAUGUAUGAUAUGAUGAUUUAUGUUUUCAUCAGGUCAUUGAUGAAAAACAGUCUUGUGAUCUUUUGUACCUGAAUAAAUAUGUUCUAAUAAAUAAAUAAAAAAGGAAAAGGAGGAUGUGACAUCAUCAGCCCACCUAAUGAAUAUUCAUGACGAUGUGCAUAUAACCGUUUUCACAAUAUAUUGCUAAACUUCAAAAUUGAAUAACUUUGUUAUUUUUGAUCAGAUUUUGAUGAAAUUUUCAGCAUUUUGCUGAAUUUUAGUCUAUUUAGAUAUAAAUGAUUUCAGUCCAGAGUAUGCCUACCCCUUUAUUUGAUAUUCAAUAGUAAUCUUACUUUUACUGUUUCUAGGCCUCUUGAGAUUUUCCAACUUAACUGCAUUAUAUUUGUAUUCUUUUCCUUUAAAGUAGGGUUAGGGAUUGAUCGGAUUAAGGGUUUGGUGAAGGGGAUAGGGUACAUAAAUGUUAGAUUUGGGUUAGGGUUCCAUAGGCCGAGAGUUGGGUAAAGGUUAGGGUCCCAUAGAUUUAGGGUUUUAUCCAUAACAGGUAGGGAGGGGGCACAAAAGAUUUUGUAAGUUGGGGGCUGACCUUGCAAAAAAAAUCAGUCAGAUGGUAAUAUUUUUUUUUAAUUUCACAUGGUUUGGGAAAAUAUGUGGGGAGGGGCUGAAGCCCCCCCCCCCCCCCAGCUCCACGGCCCCUGAUAGGAUUGGGUUAGGGUUCCAUAUGAUUAGAGAUACAUAAGGAUAUAAUUUUAGGGUUACCUUAGAUAAGGGUGAGGGUUGGCCGGGUUAGGAUUAAGUGGUAGUGUUAGGCCAGGUUAGGGUGGGUAAGGGUAUAUAUAUGGGCAGCUAUAUGGUUAUGGUACAGCCAACGAUCACGGAAUUCAAAACGAUUCCACUAACACACACCCUGUACACUCGGUAUUGUACACACACCUCUGAUAAGAAUAUUCAUCUGAGCGAGUCUGACGUUGAGCUGCACGUGAAUAUUCAUAUAUACCUUCUUUCUUCUUUGUUUAGUUUGCAACCAGUCAAGAAUUAAAUUACUACUUUUGCCACUGCUUUUUUGAGUUUUUUUUUCUUUGAAGAUUUAUAGGACGUUCCACAGUUAUGUUUGUGCACAUAAUGAUCUGCGCAUAUUUUACACUCUGCUUGCUGACGUCACAAUACAGGUCAAUUAAUCAGCUGUAGACCCGAGUUGAUUUUUCUCCUCUGCACUAACUGCAGAUCCGAUGUGUUAUUUUAUGAAGCUAAUAAAUUGGAAUUAUUCCAUGGGCCAUUUAA